AUGUCUUCUGAUCAGCCGCAUCCAGUCGUAACGUCGCUGCGAGACCUGACGAUUAUUGAAGCGUGGGAUACGAAAACAAAUUCGCCAAAAUAUGUCACUUUUUACUACAUCACCCAGGAUGAACGUGUCUACUUUGGUCAGUCGUCGAAAAACAAACGGGACAUAACUCUCGACGAGUUCAGCGCAGCUCUAGAACCUGUCCGAGACGACGAGCUUUAUCCAGAGGUUCCCACAACUAUUUCAUUGACAAUUGCACCUGCAGAAUUGGAUGAUCAUACAGCAUUCGUCAAACGCCCAGGACUGGUCUUCUACGAAGAGAUGAAAGGCACCAGCUACAUUCCGAACAAUCUUCUCGACGAGACUAUCAUUAUGGAGACAAUCUCCCACUCGCCUCACCCAAAUAUUGUCAAGUACUACGGUUGCCGUGUACAGCGCGGCAGGAUCACAGCAAUACUUCUCGAAAAGCUACAGUGGACCUUAACCCAGUAUGUCUCUACGCCUGGCUUCCAUCAGGUGGACAAGAUUCAGUUUGCGGCAGAGCUCCAGUCAGCUGUGGACUUUCUGCAUUCUUUGGGAUUGGCUCAUAAUGACAUUUCUCCCGACAACAUCAUGAUUAAAGACGGACUACCGAUCUUGAUCGAUUUUGGCUCCUGUCAACCGUUUGGGAGAAAUCUGCAGUCACUUGGUACGCCAGGGUGGUGCAAAGAGACGUUCUUCACCUCAGAAAAGGAGCAUGAUGCUUAUUCAAUGGACAAACUACGAACCUGGCUUCAAGAGUCGAAGUGA